AUGGCCACAGCUACCGUGGGUCAGGAUCACAGGUCGGAAGACCAUUCACAGAAGAAGGAACUGUCCCCCACAAGCUUUCUACCUAGCCUAAAGAGCUUUGAUAUUGAUACUUCAAAGUAUAAGCAUUACGACCACCUGCAAUCCACUGGGCCCACCCGUGCUGUUUCAGAUACCAGUCCCCUGAUUGACCGUCUUGUUCUCAACCACAAGCCUGAAAAGAACGCUUCCAUGAGACAGUCGGCUCCUCAAACCACUGCCCAUUCUAGACUGAGCCUGCUAUCACUGGCGCCUGAACACCCGCUCAAGUCGCCUUUGGAACCUCCCCAUGGCGAUGUUUUACGUGCUCUUCUGCUUCCACUGGACAAGCCUUGGCCUUAUUCGGAAGAUACGCUUAAUGAGCUUAUCAGGCUUCGCAUCGAACAGGAAAAGACCAAGCAUACGCAAGUCAAGCAUGAAUUGGGCCAGGUGGUCUUGGAGCUUCUUCGUGAAGCCCAACAGCACGAUAUUUCCAGUGACGUGAUUCGCCGGAUCUUUUUGAACGACCUGCCCCACCAGUAUGUCCACUACCUUCAGAGCCAUCUUCCUAUGGCUGGAGGACAUCUUCAGCAGCCUCAUUUGCAGCCACAUCAACAUCACCAACCACCUCCACAACCACAUCACCAGCAGCAGCAGCAGCAGCAGCCAGGCCAGCCUCAGGCACCAUCAUUGGGUGCAAAAAGGAAGAACUCAACUGAAAGUGUCCACACUCCAGGCACAGAAAACGACUCCAAGCCUGAUAGUCAGGCUCAAAGCAGAGCUCUGCCUCGUUCAGAGCCAAAGAGCGCUACUGCUCCUACUUCUGGAGCUGGAACAGCUGUUUCUGGCACUUCCCAGCUGCCUCAGGUUCCUGUGGUGCCCCAGCAUCUCUAUCCAGUAUACUACACUGCUUACCCUGACCAAAGCCAAGUCCAGGGCCCUCAAGGUCCUCAGGCUCAACCUACGCUGAAUCCCUCCAACCAGCAGGGUCCUCAUAACCAGGCACAGGGUCAGAGCCAGGGCCAGGGCCAAAACCAGCCUCAUCACCUGAAGCUGACUUCUCAGCUGGACGAAUCUGAAAACUUGGGCCUGCCUUACUCCCACAAGUACCCUGUAGUGUUCCAGUCACUGCCACUUCAGUACCCACGUACUCCAGGCCUGGCCCAGCAGCCUCAGCGUCCUCCACCACCGCAAACGCAGCCUCCACAGCCGUACUACUAUGUUAAUUCGUCGCCUCAAGGUGUUCCUGGCCCGCUUAUGCCUUCCCAGUUCCUCGUGCCUCCUCCCGUAGGAACGGUGUUUCCGUGGGGGCAGGCGCAGGCGCCAGCACCUGAACGGGAAGACAAGCCUAAACGGCACAAGUCGAAUAAGAAUGGCAUCAACUUUAUGAUCACCACGCCUAAGAACCCGCCGGCCAAGAAGUAUAACAAGCUGUGA